GCUGAAGAUUACGAACAAGUUAAAGCAAUCGCCCAAUUUUACAAUGAAUACGAUCAUAUUUUUGAGGGAACAGGAAAUAAUUUGGGCGAUAAAACACUUGAAGAUAACUUUUUCGAACACGAAGUUCGAUUACAUUUAUGCUGUUUUAUGAGACAAUUUCAUUUUGGCGUUUUUUACUCCUACGUUAAACUUAAAGAGCAAGAAUGUCGUAAUAUCGUUUGGAUUGCUGAAUGUAUAGCUCAAAAACACAGAUCAACUAUUGAACAUUAUAUUCCUAUACUUUAAUUAAUACGAUUUCUCCCUCCUCGUAUAAUUAAAACUUACAUCUUACUACGCUCCGAAAGUAGAUUAGUUCUCUCUACCUGCACUACUCAAGUUGGUCACUCAUUUACACUUUCACGUUGGUCUUCGCUCAACGCGUAUUCACGAUGAAGAAAUCGUCCGCCAGAUUAAUCGUUAGACUAUCUACUAUUUCGUUAUUUGUUGUCGUUUUAUCUGCAAUAAAAUGUGUUAAUGCAAGCGUACUUUUUAAUAAUUGUUCGUUGUGUAAAAAUUGUGAAGCACCCAUCGUAGAAACUGCACAAGGUUCCAUCAAGGGGUGUUAUAUGACCACUUGGAAUGGAAAGAAAUUAUCAGCUUUUAUGAGUAUUCCUUUUGCAGAACCUCCAAUUGGUGAAUUUAGAUUUAAGGCUCCAAUUCCAAAAACUAAAUGGAACGGAAUAAUAGAUGGUUCCUUAGAACACGCGGUGUGCCCACAAAGAAAUAUUUACACGAGAACUGAUUUAAUUGAAGGCGAUGAGGAUUGUUUAUACUUAAACGUCUACACACCAAAACUAUCUUAUUUUGAGGACAAUGAACCUUUAGCUGUUAUGGUUUGGUUCCACGGAGGUGGUUAUCACUGUGGGGGAGGAAAUAUUACAUGGUAUAACCCAACGUAUUUAUUAGAUUACAAUGUAAUUUUAGUGAUUCCAAAUUAUAGAUUAGGUGCUCUUGGAUUUUUAUCAACAUUCGACGAAGAAUGCCCAGGAAAUAAUGGAUUAAAAGACCAAACUUUAGCGUUAAAAUGGAUCCAAGAAAAUAUUCAUAAAUUUGGUGGUGAUCCAAGAAAGGUGACUUUAUUUGGUGAAUCUGCUGGAGGAGCCAGCGUACAUUUUCAUAUGUUAUCACCUUCAAGUAAAGGUUUAUUUGCAAGAGGAAUCGCUCAAAGUGGAACAGCUUUAACAUUAUGGUCAUUAGCACCUAAAGAUGAAGGCAAAGAGACUGCAAAUAAAUUAGCUCAACUAUUAAAUUGUACGACAGAUUCAAGCCGAGAAAUGUUAGAUUGUUUACGUAAAGUUGAUCCUUAUAAAAUUAUUGCUUUGGAUAAAAAGUUUAUGGAAUGGGAUACAGAUCCUAUGAUACCGUUUAAACCAGUUAUUGAACCUAAAAUAAAAGAAGCAUUUUUAAGCGAACAUCCAAUCGAUAUCAUUAAAUCAGGAGGGGUUUACGAUGUGCCUUGGAUUACUGGGUUAACAACAGAUGAAGGAUCUUUAAGAGUUCCUGGAAUUUUUGCAAAUGAACAUCUCGUUGAAGAACUAAACCAAUACUUCGAUAAAGUUGUACCAAUUGGUUUAUUUUAUAGAAAAACUUCUCAAAAUCCUGGAUAUAUCACAAAACAAUUAAGAACGUUUUAUUUCGGUGAUAAAGAAAUCGAUAUGUCAUCAAAACAAUCAGUUAUAGACAUGUUCACCGAUGGUUGGUUUGGUUACGCAGCUUACGAAACAAUAAAACUACACCGAAAACACACAAAAAGCCCCAUUUAUUAUUAUUCAUUCAAUCAUAGAGGAAAAUACAGCAUGUCUCAAAGAUUCGGGGAUGAAUACAAUGAUUACGGAGUUUGCCACGCUGAUGAUUUACAAUACUUGUUCCAUUUUGAUGAAUUAUUUAAUGGGGAUGCUAAAGUUUCAAAGAUUUUGGCUGAAACUUGGACUAAUUUUGUGAAAACUGGAAAUCCAACUCCAGACGAUAACGAACUUGGAAUCAAAUGGAAACCAAUUUCAACCGAUGAUAUGGAAUAUUUAGAAAUAGGCCCAGAUGGUGAAUUAAAAAUGCUGAAAGGAUUAAAUAAGGAAAGAAAUGAAUUUUGGAGUAGUUUAAAUGUUGGAACAGGGCAUGAAUCGAACGUUAGAGAUGAAUUGUGAUUAUUUAUAUUAAAAUUAGACUUAAAAUUAUUAAUGUAUGUAAUAAAAAUUUCAUUUUCCAAA